AUGUCCAGCGGUUUGCAGAUGGCCAGGUCCCAGAAGACUGUACAAGCCCUUCCUCAGAGAGAAGAGGUCCAGGCAGCCGCCACCGUGCCCAUCCUCCUGCCCAACCUGAAGUGCAGCUGCUUCAACCAUCCCCGGCACCAGGGGCUCUUCCGCGCCACCCGGCGCCUCUGCAGUCCCACCUCAGCUCCAACUCCCAAACUGUCGAAGAAGCCCAAGAUGCAGGCAACUGGGGACAUGUUCCCCACUGACUGGAGCCCACCACCUGUAGAGUUCCUGAACCCGAGGGUACUGCAGGCUGGCAGGGAGGCCCCAGCCCAGAGCUGCCUGGGCACGGUGGGGCCUCAGGGCCCGAGGAGACUGGCCUGCCAGCUGCCUGAGGACUUAGAGCAGGAGCGCCGGGACUCAGACCCCAAGGGAGCCCUGGCCUCCCUGGAGGAGAUGUUCUGGAACAUGGCAGGCCCUAGCAAGAAGGCUGCAGCUCCAAUGUUUACCUCUGGAGGCUCCGAGAGCUACAUCAAUAGCUUAGACUACUUACUGCAGGAGAAGAGGGAACAGGCCCAGGAGCAGGAGCGAGAGAAGCUGCUUCUGCAGGACUGUCCAGAUCUCAACUCCCUGGAUCUCAAUGAAGAUGAAGUCCCACUCACACCUGAGCACAGGAUGCUGGUGGAGAGGUUCUCCGUGUCACUGCAGGUCAUCCCACCAGUACAUCCAGGCGAGACCGUGUUUCUACCCAGGUGUCACCCCCUGCCUUGCAUCCUAGACUCUGCACACCUGAAGCCACGCAGCCACCUGGAAGGGCUGUUCCUAAGCUCCCCGCCGGCCCAGCAGCUCUCCUUCCUUCGCAGCGGCCUCCUGAGCAACCUGUACCUCCACACGCAUGACUGCCCCGUGCCCCUGCUCCAGUGGCUGUUCCAGCUGUUGACAUGGCCUCCAGAAACUUCUUUGGGAGCCUUUGGUCUCCUGUGGGAUCUCAGCGUGGAUGGGCUCUUCUGUCAGUCCGAUGAAGAUGUGCACUUGUGGUGCCCCUCGCUGCAAGAGGUCAAGGAGGUGUUUCACAGCCUGGGAGCCCACAGCCCUGCUCUGUACCCCCAGGGGCCCUUCCAGCACAGAGGGAGAGAGCUUAAAAGAGAGGUGAGCCUGAGCGGGAGUGAGCAGCAGGACACCCCGCAGGAGACUGCCCUGGACAUUAGCCUGAGCUACAUCUAUAAGUUCCUGACGCUGUGUGCCCUAGCCCAGCCAGGGGCCUACACCGAUGCGAACCUCCUGGUCCUGAUUGAGCUGCUGUGCCGAGCCGGCCUGGACAUGGGGCUCCGCCUGCUGCCCAAGACCGAUCUCCAGCAGCUCUUGCUCCUGCUCCUCGAGAACAUCCAGGAGUGGCCGGGGAAGCUCCGGCAGCUGUGCUGUGCCCUGAGCUGGGUGUCGGAUCACCACCACAACCUGCUGGCCCUCGUGCAGUUCUUCCUGGACGUGACCCCCCGGGGCAGGCAGCUGCGAAGCCAGCUCAGCCUUGUGGUCAUCGCCCGGAUGCUGGGCCAGCAAGAGACGCUCCCUCUCUGGCAAGAGAAGGCCCAGCUGUCCUCACUCAGCCAGCUCCUGAGCCGCAUGAGGCCAUCAUCCCUCAGGCAGUACCUGGGCUCUGCGACCUCGCCACCCUGCCAGAAGCAACAGCCAAAGGCCAGUGCAGAGCUAGACCACAAGGUCUGCUACCUGUGCCACAGCCUCCUGACACUGGCCGAGGUGGUGGUCAGCUGCCAGGACAUUACUCCAGAGCAAUGGGGGGAGCUGCAGCUGCUGUGCAUGCAGUUGGACCGCCACAUCAGCACCCAUAUCCGGGAGAGCCCCCAGGCCAUGCACCGGACCAAACUCAAGGAUCUGGCUGCCCAGACCUACAUCCGCUGGCAGGAGCUGCUGACCCACUGCCAGCCCCAGGCCCAGUACUUCAGCCCCUGGAAAGACAUCUAAUGGAGCAGGGCAGGGGGCCCAGGGCUAUUGGCUCUGGCAGGAAGUGAACAGGGCCCAGGGAACUGGAGGAAGCGAAGAAUGGACACCAGAGGAGGACCAGUCUGACGAAGCAAGAGCUGCCUGCCCCAUUGCCCUGACCCUGCCGGGCGAGGGGUCCCUGUGUCUCUGCCUGGCCCACCCUCAGCUCUGCUUCCGCUCCCAGCCGUCUCCUCUUCCCCCGAGGCCUUUGUCUCCGCAGCUCUGGUUUCCCUGGGCCUCCCCACCCUCCCUCCUCUCUCUCUGUCACUAAUGUGAAGUUUCUUUGUGCAUACUAAAGUCUUAUUUCAGUGUCAGUGGUUUAGAAGAUUUCCUUCAAUCCCUAUCCUGAGGGCUCAUGCCCAGCAUCCAGUUUCCUGACAUCUCUGCUUGAGCUUUGCCGUUCUCACCUCCGACAGCCCAGCCUUGUGUCUGGGUCUUCGGCCCCGCCCCCUGCAGCAGAGGGCUGUUUGUAAAUCCUGAGGAAGAGCAGUUGGUUACUCCUGUGGCCCCAGAGCUGUCAGAAACCCAGGGAGCAGGGAUGGGGAACAUUUGUUUGGACCCGGUCUGGGACCACUCCCCACUGGCUGCCUCCACCGGGGAGGAUCUACAGAAUGAGAUGGUGGAUCAGGGCUGUAAUUACACUUAAUUCAGUUUAUUGUUGCGCUCUGAAAUCAACUCCCCAGAUUUAGGAGUGAGGGGGUGGUGCCAAAAGACAAUUCCAGUUACUGCUUUUGCUUUCCCUCAGCCUUACCCAAGAUGAGUGUUGUGGGCCCUGAUCCCUGAUGGGGUGCUGGAUGUCUCUGACCUGCCCACCUUGGGAAGUGAGUGGGCCCUGUGUACCCUGAGGAGAUCCCUGGCAUCCACUUUCUCUCUCUGCCCACUCCUCCAACCCUGAAAAUCCAUUUCCAGUCUCUGGCCCCUCCUGACUCUUUCUGGGUUGGGGUGGGGUUUUGCAGGGCCAUAAGAGAUAACAAGAAGUAGCAGAGGAUGGCCUGUGCCCACUCCUCAGCUCAACCUGAGUGUCCACCAAUGGAGCUUUGCCAUGGCUAGUGCUUGUGACUUCCUCUGUGUGUGUGUCCCUCUCCUUUGUACUUUCAUGCCACAGGGCUCAGGGUCAGGCGGGAUAACUAGGAGAGCGAUUCCCACCAAAUAAAGGACCUUCAGGC